AUGGAACUCAAUUCUUAUAAACUUAGCUCUGAGUUGCACGAUGACUUUAAGAUUGUUGACAGCUGGGUGCAUAACGGAUCUAAAUGGAUAGAAGAUAUUCAACAAUAUUACAAAGAAAGGAGCUCUAUUGAGAGAGAAUAUUCUCAGAAGCUUUCAAGUCUUUCAAGGAAAUUUGUUGAAAAAAAGAAUAAAAAGUCAUCACUUCUUUCCGUUGGCGAGAAUCCUACGAAAUCUGCUGGUUCUUUAGAAUGUGCUUCUCUGACAACAUGGUCGAAAAUAUUGGACGAACUUGAGCAAUCCUCGAAGAUUCAUCAGAAACUGGCGGAUGACUUUGUGUUGGAAACCAAUGAACAAGCUAAGCGAUUGGAAACAAACGUUGAAAAUUUAACGAAGUCUUAUGAUCAUCUUUAUGAAAAGUUUUUGGAGCAAAAAGAAUCCUUGUUGACCAUGGUUAAAAGAGCGAAAUCAAGUUACCAUGAAGCGUGCGAGAGUCUGGAAUCAGCAAGACAGAAACGAGACAAGCAUAAUGACGAAAAAACAGGGAAACUUUUUAGAAAUUCGCAAAGCGAUAUGUUAGAUAAGAAGAAUAUGUAUAUUCUUCGUAUCCUUGUCUACAACGAGCAUAUGCAGCGCUAUUAUCAAGAAACGUUACCAAAUCUUUUAGACCAUAUGCAAAGAUUGAACGAGUACAGAGUGAAAAAUUUAAAUGAUACUUGGAAAUCCGGAAUCACGUGUGAAAAAAAUUGUUAUAAAUCUUUAAGUGAAGAAGCAGAUGCACUCAUUUCGGAAAUUGACAAAAAUGAACCUUCUUUGGAUUCGGUAAUGUUUGGUCAGCACAAUGUUAAGGCUUGGAAUGAACCUUCGCCUUUAGCAUUUGAGCCUAGCCCAAUUUGGCAUGACACCGAUUCAUUAGUCGUAGACGGCACGAGUAGGAAUUUUCUUCGAAACACCUUGGUGAACUCCAAAUCUGAAAUACAAAAGGCAGAAGAAGAGUUGCAAAGCUUAUCCAAACAAUUGGAAGGGUCGCGAAUCGAUGAUACUACGGCGCUUGAGCAGUCGUAUGAAUCGAAAAUAGCUGCUGUCGAAUUGGAGAGCAAGGAGGUAUUAAUAAAAAACAGAGUUCAUGAUCUCAAUGUUCGUGUCGGCAAAAUAACUGAGAAAGCCGGAAAUAUUGAGGAAGGAAUGAACUUUCACACAUUCAAAGUUGCUAGUUUCAAAAUCCCUGUUAAGUGUUCCUAUUGCCAUUCUAAGGUUUGGGGCCGCGGUUUGUCAUGUGAGGACUGCGGAUACAAAUGUCAUCCACGUUGCCAAUUGUACGUCCCAGCCAACUGUGGCCAAAGUCCUAUUGAAGAUGAUCAUGAUGAAGCGAUGUCAAGUACGGGGGAUUUUGGCAGUAAUCAACGAGAAGGAUCAUUGCUCUCAUCCAAUCUCUACGAUACGUAUGAAGACGAUUAUACGAACAGUGUUGGAUCUCGCAACGAAUAUGCACCAUCUUUACAACAGACGCCUUUUAAUGACUCUGAAACAAUUCAUACUCAGCGUGCCGAAGAAGAAGAAAAACAAGUUACUGGUACAUUACUUUACGAUUUCACUGGAACCCAAGAAGGUGUCUUGAGCGCUUCCCAAGGUCAAACAUUCACUCUUUUAGAGCCAGACAAUGGAAGUGGUUGGAUUUCUGCGAGAAUUGGUGGUUUAGACGGUUUACUCCCGAGUACGUACGUGGAACUUGAAAAUAAUGCAGCUGGAUCAACAAACGGUACCGUUGAAACGGCGAAUGAACAGUACGUAAAAGCUGCUUUUGACUACGAAGCGCAAAGUGAACUGGAAAUUACUAUUCGUGAGGGAGAUGUAAUCCGUGUCACUCAGCGCGAUGCAGGAAAUGGAUGGUCUGAAGGCACCUUACAUGGUAUUACUGGACAAUUCCCAGCAAAUUACGUUGAGGAUAUCUAA